GUGGACCUGAACGAGGAGGAGACCAUCCUCAUCAUCCGCCGCCUGCACAAGGUGCUGCGGCCCUUCCUGCUCCGCCGCCUCAAGAAGGAGGUGGAGGCUCAGCUCCCGGAAAAGGUGGAGUACGUGAUCAAGUGCGACAUGUCGGCGCUGCAGCGGGUCCUGUACCGGCACAUGCAGGCCAAGGGGGUCCUGCUCACCGACGGCUCCGAGAAGGACAAGAAGGUCUGGAGCUGGGAUUUGGGAAUUCCAGAGGGGGGGAGUGGCCAGG